GAGCACUGGUCCACAGCCCCAGGCCAAGAGCCUUGGUUUGCCCACUAGGAUUGUUUUAAGAAAAUGGCAGAAAAUGGCAGACAAACCAGACAUAGGGGAAAUCGCCAGCUUCAAUAAGGCCAAGCUGAAGAAAACGGAGAUGCAGGAGAACACCCUGCUGACCAAAGAGGCAAUUGAGCAGGAGAAGCGGAGUGAAAUUUCCUAA